AGACACAUACCAAAAAUACAUUUUUAAUAAACAUCUAAUAAAGUUUGGAGCUGGGUGUUAAUUUUACAAGCUAACGAACCGCAUCGCCACCCGCUUUUGGCCCGCUCCAGCCCUGUAUGUUGGUCGUUUCAAUUAGCAAUCCCAUAAAGAUUAGCCACGAACAGAAUCUCAAAGCCAGGUGGUUCCCCUCGUUAAUCGCCGAUCGAGCAGAAGCUUUAAGCUUUUGCCAUAAGAUACCUCACACCAGAGGCGUCAAAGCCACCUGAGGAAUGCACAUCCGACUGGACGACGUCACAGAACAGGUGUGGAGUCACCUGCAACCAUCUUGCCACCGAGCCCCUCCCUCGGCUUGUCCUGCGGUGGGAUCGAAGCCGCGGAACGGUGAGUCACUGGCCGAGAUAUGCCUAAAAGUGAAAAUUCCCAGCUUCAACUGGGCCCAGCUCAGCGCCAAUCGAUGGGCGACUCACACUCGUUGGAGCAAUUAACCAGCGGCAGGCCGAAAUUACCACACUUGAGUGGUGCCCAUCGUGGGUCCAGUGGGUUUUUCAGCCUUUCUUGUGUCGGUUCCACUUGCUGCCCACUAGGAAAUUAUGCACACGCACCGAAAAGAGCACGGUCUGCGGCGAAAGGCGAGAACCGACGACUCCCUCCGAAGAAACCAGUUUGCAGCUUACCACCUCUCUUCUGGCGGAGUCUUGUCUUUUCGCCAAGAUUUUCUCCUGGCUCAUCGGCAUUAAGUGAAACCAGUUCCUCGGUCUCAGUAAACAAUGGAGUGCGGAGUGGGUGUUGCACUCGGCAUCUGCUUACGAGUGAGUAAAUUAUGAGUUUUGCUUAUAGAAUAUGAGUGCUCAAGGAGCUUCCAUUUCUGGUGGCUCUGCACAGCGAGAGUUUUCGCAACCCACCUAGAACUUGAUUGCCCUUUGUGUGUCAAUUAGUCAAAUGUUUUCGUUUUCCGUGCUGUCGGCGCAGUGGAAGACUGACUCGCGCGUAAUUAAAAAAAGCAAACAACCAUCAAAUGUUUGUGGCAUGUCGGCGGAUGGGAAGCUCCGCCGUUGCCCGGCAACACCAACAACAAGAACAACAAGAACACCAAUAACAGCAGCAGAUGUUCGAAUAGACUCACGCACCAGCCAACAGACCGCAAAUCGCUGCGAGAGAGAGGCCCCAGAAAUCACGGCCAGGUUGGGCGACUCACCAGCCGCACUCGGUUAGUUAAGCGCGGUUUGCCAGUCGGUCGAGUCGAGUCGAUAGUCGAUCUGCUGUUCGGGCGCUACGUGAAUCCCAGUCAUGUCCAAGUACUCAAAGCUGGCCCGCGGGCUCUGCGACCUGCUGAUCUGGGCGGCGCUCAGCGUGGCCAGUGUGCUGAUCCACAAGAUGGGGCGUCCCUUGCGGCGCGGCUUCUUCUGUGGCGACGAGUCCCUCAGCUAUCCGGCCCGCGACGACACCAUCGGCUCCAAGGUGGUCAUCGCCAUUGCUCUCGGAGUGCCCACCGCCGUGAUCGCGGUGGUGGAGCUGUUUAGGCAGCUGCCUGGCGGCCCGCUGAGGGAGGCGGGCGGCGGAGGCAAGCGGGAUAGCUGCCGGAUCGCCCACCGUCUGGGCGUGCUGUACCGCCAGGCCAUCUUCUACCUGUACGGCCUGGCCAUGGUCACGUUCACCACGAUGCUGACGAAAAUGUGCCUCGGACGCCUGCGCCCGCACUUCUUCGCUGUGUGCCAGCCCAUGCUGCCGGACGGAAGCGGCUGCCAGGACAGCCAGAACCUGGGACGCUACAUCGACAGCUUCACGUGCAGCAACGCCAACAUGACCGAGCACCAGUUCCAGCAGCUCUACCAGUCCUUCCCCAGCGGGCACGCCAGCCUGACCAUGUAUGCUAUGCUCUACCUGGCCAUCUACCUGCAGGCGGCGCUCAGUACGCGCGUCUCCAAGCUGCUAAAGCAUCUGCUGCAGUUCCUCUUCGUCAUGUUCGGCUGGUACGUCUCGCUGACCCGGAUCAUGGACUACCACCACCACUGGAGCGACGUCUUAGCGGGGGCGGCACUGGGCGUGGUGUUCGCCUGGCUGACGAGUGCCUUCGUGGCUGACCUGUUUGCCGGCAAGCGCUGGCCAAAGGCUGGCUACUCGGCCAACACGCUGCGCAAGCCGCAGGUCUCACCGAAGAGCUCCACCAAGUCGCAGACUGGAGGAUCCACGUCGGGAGCGGGCCAGCCGCCCGCCCUGCCGGCCUAUACCUUCGGAACCCUGCCCUAUCUGGCGGCGCAUCCCGCCCAGGCGCAGUACGCCCAGCCCUAUCACAACUACGGCUACGUGCCCUGAGCCAGGUUCCGGAUUUCAUUAGCAAAACUAGCUUAGGAAUGCCCACAAACAUACACACACUCACAAAUUAAGACUUGCACGGAAUUCCUGUUUUGUUGUCUGUAUUCUAGCGAUAUAAAUAUAUUCAAGUUCGAUUCAAA